CUAGGUUAAAAAAUAAAUCAUGACUGAGUCUGCCUCUAGCACAAGUGGUCAAGAGUUUGAUGUAUUCAGUGUUAUGGACUGGAAAGAUGGAGUGGGCACCUUACCAGGAAGUGACUUAAAGUUUCGGGUAAAUGAGUUUGGAGCCUUGGAAGUUAUUACAGAUGAAAGUGAAAUGGAAAAUGUUAAAAAAGCAACUGCUACCACCACUUGGAUGGUACCAACUGCUCAAGAAGCCCCGACCUCUCCCCCGAGCUCCAGGCCCGUAUUUCCACCUGCCUACUGGACAUCUCCACCUGGAUGUCCCACAGUCUUUUCAGAGAAGACUGGGGUGCCUUUCAGGCUGAAGGAUCCACUGAAAGUAGAAGGGCUUCAAUUCUGUGAGAACUGUUGUCAGUAUGGCAAUGUAGAUGAGUGUCUUUCUGGAGGAAACUAUUGCAGCCAGAAUUGUGCUCGGCAUGUCAAAGACAAAGACCAGAAGGAAGAAAGGGAUGUAGGAGAAGACAACGAGGAAGAGGAUCCUAAGUGUAGUCGGAAGAAAAAACCAAAAUUAUCUCUGAAGGCUGACCCCAAGGAGGAUGGAGAUGAGAGAGAUGAUGAAAUGGAGAACAAACAAGAUGGAAGGAUCCUGAGGGGUUCACAGAGAGCCCGAAGGAAAAGACGAGGGGACUCGGCUGUCUUAAAGCAGGGUUUGCCUCCUAAAGGCAAGAAAGCUUGGUGCUGGGCAUCCUAUCUGGAGGAGGAGAAAGCAGUGGCAGUGCCUGCAAAGCUGUUCAAGGAGUUUUUGUAUGUGUACUUUUUUUCUUUAAUUACUCAACCUGAGUUCCUGUUUCAGGUUUGUGGAUACCGAAUAAAGCUUCACUUUGAUGGAUAUUCUGAUUGUUAUGACUUCUGGGUAAAUGCAGAUGCUCUGGAUAUUCAUCCAGUUGGGUGGUGUGAGAAAACUGGCCAUAAACUUCAUCCUCCAAAAGGAUACAAAGAGGAAGAAUUUAAUUGGCAGACCUAUCUUAAGACAUGUAAAGCCCAAGCUGCUCCUAAGUCAUUAUUUGAAAAUCAGAAUAUAACAGUGAUCCCAUCAGGCUUUCGAGUUGGAAUGAAGCUUGAGGCUGUAGACAAAAAGAAUCCUGCGUUCAUCUGUGUUGCUACGGUAACAGAUAUGGUGGACAAUCGUUUCCUGGUACAUUUUGACAACUGGGAUGAGAGCUAUGACUAUUGGUGUGAAGCAUCUAGUCCCCACAUUCAUCCCGUUGGUUGGUGUAAAGAACAUAGAAGGACCCUUAUUACUCCACCAGGAUAUCCAAAUGUGAAACAUUUUUCUUGGGAUAAAUAUUUAGAAGAAACAAAUUCUUUACCAGCUCCUGCAAGAGCUUUCAAAGUGAAACCUCCACAUGGAUUCCAGAAAAAAAUGAAGCUUGAGGUUGUAGACAAAAGAAACCCCAUGUUUAUUAGAGUAGCAACUGUCGCAGACACGGAUGAUCACCGAAUAAAAGUUCACUUUGAUGGCUGGAAUGGAUGCUAUGACUACUGGAUAGAUGCAGAUUCUCCUGACAUUCACCCUGUAGGCUGGUGUUCCAAAACUGGACAUGCUCUUCAGCCUCCCUUGAGCCCAUUAGAGUUAAUGGAAGCUUCAGAACAUGGUGGAUGCUCAACCCCAGGAUGUAAAGGGAUUGGCCAUUUUAAGAGAGCCAGACACCUGGGCCCUCACAGUGCUGCCAACUGUCCCUAUUCAGAAAUCAAUUUGAAUAAAGACCGAAUUUUCCCAGACCGCUUAAGUGGUGAGAUGCCUCCAGCUAGCCCAUCAUUUCCAAGAAAUAAAAGGACAGACACAAAUGAGAGCUCUUCAUCUCCUGAAAUCAGAGACCAGCAUGCUGAUGAUGUCAAAGAAGACUUUGAAGAGAGAACAGAAAGUGAAAUGAGGACAUCACAUGAAGCCAGAGGUGCCCGGGAGGAGCCUACCGUACAGCAGCAAAUUGAUGGAGAAGCAUUUCUACUCAUGACUCAAACGGACAUUGUUAAAAUCAUGAGCAUUAAGCUGGGCCCUGCUCUCAAAAUUUUCAAUUCUAUUCUGAUGUUCAAAGCUGCAGAGAAGAAUUCUCACAAUGAACUUUGAAGAUGGUGGAUUCUGAGUACCAUCAGCUUUCUGCUUUAAAGCUCAUGUUUUAUUCAAAGCACAAGGACGGAUAUAACUCCUAAGCGAGAAGUCUCGAAAACUCAAAAGAGCAACACUAUCUGAUAUUUAUAUUCCUCAAGAGACAAUAUAUAUGAAUUCUUAGGAAAGUGCUUGAGCUUUUAACCAAGUACUGUCUAACAACAGUCAUCUUUUGGUUCUGUUCACUGAGCUAAAUUUAUCUUUGUAAAUCUUUUUGAGGCUGGGGGGUGGGGGAAUGGGGGACCUCAUUAAUUAUUUAUGGUAAGGGGGGGCAGAGUAAGAACUUUGGCAUUUUGUAAACAUUGUUGAAUUCUCUUUCAUGUACACUUUUUUCUUUUUCAGUACUUUCAGAAACCUUUUUAUAUAAUUGAAUUUCAACUUAUACCAAAUUAGUCAAAACCUGGCUGAGUCUAGCCAGUGGGACUGUUACCUGUAUUGUUCAUUUGUGCCAUAUUUUGAAUUGCAACAUGAUGCUAAGUAUAACUUUGCAAGUCAUGGUAUUGCCUAACUGCUUGUCAUCAUUUGUUGGGGCCGAAGAGUUGUAAAAAUUACUUUUCUUCAAAUCAGUGUUUUUACUUUUGCACGCAUUAUGUGAAAUCUUAAACAAAUUACUUUUCACCAGCAUCUUUACUAUAAUUACCAAAAACAUGUAUAUAAAAGAAUGGAAUUGAAAAAUAAAAUAUAUAAACAUAAAUAAAUUAGGUAGCAUAUCUGAGUGGCAUCAGUCUCAUACAUCGUGGUGCCUGUGUUGUUUACGAGAGUCAGAUGGUACCAGAGGAAUGUGUGGUUACAUUGCAGUGGGGGGCUGUUUGUAGGGCUCUUGAACUGUUUAUGAGAUUAUCUUGAGCUUUUCUCUAAUUGUCAUUGAAGUAGCUUUUCAGCAAUGAAAGGCUCAUUCUGUUGGUGGAAACACUAAUCCAUGAAGAGCUGUCUCCAGUCUUGAGGUGUCCUCCAAACCCAAAGACUUUCUUCAGGGUUGGCUGAAGAACAAGUGUCUAGGUUUUAUAUUGCGGGUCUGGAGUGAGGGAGCCGCACCCUCAGACACAAAUGUCUGUGCUCUUAGGUCAGGGAGGUGAAUCCCAAAGCAGUCAUUCAAGAACCUCCCUUCUGGAAGUGUUCCCCUUUCUGUAAAAUACUUUGCCUCACUAUCUGAGCAUUCGGAUGCACUUUAAAUGAAAACCCUUGAUUAUCUAUAAACCGAUAGUUGGCAGUGUUUCUUUUGUAAGAAUGCAUUUCUAAGGGAAAAAAGUAAAUUAUUUUGUCAGUCUUUCGAUGUACUUUUGAAUUCCAGGAUGAGACAUUUAUUCAAGGACUAUUUUAAAAAUAGAAAGUAAGUUUGUAGCAUGCUGUCUGAAUUCUGAUGAAAGUCCCACCCCUUUCCUUAGUUGCUCUCAUUUUUUUUUUUUCCCUGAUGUAGAACUUCCUUUAAUGUGCUCUGUUGGGAUCUGUUAGCAGUCCUUUGCAUUUGUCAUGAUUUAAGGUAAAAGAGGGUCAGUGACAUCUGUAGUGUCCCAUUCAUUUCUUUGCAUGAAUCUGAUAAAUAAGUUUUCGUUGUUGGUUCCCCCCCCCCUUUUUUAUGUUCUGUUCAGAAUCUGUACAUUCAAGUUGCACUUGUUAUACCUGAUAUAAAUGAAAUAAAGUCUUAAUUGCAGAUA